AUGACUGCUGGUAUUUUGAGAACACAAAUUCCUUUAAAAUAUGUGCCUUACCUUCUAAUCCUCUACAAUCAUGUCCAAGAUAAUUUCAAGGCUCACAAAGCAAUCUCAAUUCUCACAGCUGGCGCCAGCUUAUUGAAACAAGCCUCUAAUAUGAUUUUGAAUGCCAAAAGAGCAUCAGUCACUGUCUAUGCUUGUCAAGAAAUCUUAUCAUCUCCAUAUGGAUCUAAAUUAAUUCAGUGUUUAUUAGAUAAAUGGAAUAUUGCUGUAGUCACUAAUUUGAUGGGUAUGGAUGCAUUUGAUGAAGAAGAUCCUAAAAGUUCACAGAUGUACCUUCUUCUUUGGUCCUUAUGGAUUCAGUGGGUUUGA